CGGGUGGCAGUAACACAAUCGUGCGUUGAGUGACUUAGGAGCUGGUGCUGUUAUAGAAACAUUCUCAUGGUCCAGAACGGAAGAAAAAAGAAGCCUGAAUCUGACGAGGAAUUACAAUUUUGGGUAGGUCAUAAUAUGGCCAACACCAGCGAGAUUCUGACUGACUCACAGUUCCAGUCAUUGGAGGAAGAGAAGCAGCUAUUAAUGACAUGGCAGAGGCUGCUGAAGAGUGAUGUAGCAGCUAUGGAGGUAGAGCUCAAAAGGCAGGCAGGGCUGACCCCGGGGGGCGAUGUCAGCAUGCAUGAACAUCUGGUCGCCAUGAACCUGGAGCUUAGCGGCCUGACCUAUGACCAGCUGGACUUCCAGCUGUUGUCGGCCGACGGAGGCGUCUCCGUCACCAAGUGGAACGUCCAGGUUACCAGCAAGGACGCAGAUGCAUCGCUCACAGUGUCCUACGUCACUACUAGGGAUGAGCGGUCGCGCGUCACCUGCAGCGAGGUGGAGGCGACCGCCUGGAGCCGGGUGCUGGAGCCGCUGCUGGCGGCCGCCGGCAGCAGCCUGCACCGGCUGCUGUUCGGCCUGUACGAGCUGGGCCGGCUGCACGCUGAGCGGCGCGCUGUGCUGGCGCGGCUGGCCGGCGAGCGCAGCGGCGACCAGCUGCCGCUGCCCGACGGCCGCCAGCUCCAGUGGCGCGUCGAGUUCCAGGCGGCCGAGGCACGCUUCCAGCACGCGUUCAGCGUCACCAGCGCCCGCGGCAAGGCCGUUCCCAUGCCGACGGAGGUGCGGCAGGUGGUGCAGGAACGCGGUGUUGAAUGGGCGCUGGGCCGGCUUCAGGCCCGGGACGGCUGACCAUGGGCCGGCAUGGCUGACCCCGGCCCGGGACGGCUGACCUCGGCCCGGCAUGGCUGACCUCUGCCUAGAACGACUCACCUCAGGCCGGCACCACUAACCUCGGGCCGGCACGCCUGACCUCGGACCGGCCGGCUUACCUCGGGAUGGCACGCGUAGCGUCUCGUGCAGACCCGGGUGCCGUCGCUCCGGCGCGCGCCGGCGCUGUCCGUGGAAGAAGUGUCAGGCGUAGGGUGACGUGAACUGGGACGGCGACAGUGGGUUCGAUGUGUGAGUGGGCUGGGGCGGUGAGAUCGGGCGAAGCGUGAGUACCAGUACUGGACGGAGCGCGGCAGUCUCUGGCCUGUGCUCUUAAAAGCUGCACAUCGCAGCCAAUCCCAGUUCAGACGUUUCCAUUUGAAUAAAACUUGCCAAUCAUCUGCAAACUGACUUAACAUAUGCGGGAAGUAGCGUGAGAAGAAUA